AUGCCCUGCGAUUUCACUCGAUACCGGCCUAUUGCGCUACUCGAUACCCAGGCAGCUAAUGUUUUUUGUCGAACAUCAGGUGUUCCUACCCCAAUGAAGGGUAUCACUACCUACUCUCUCUCUCAGAACCGUCAGCGACCCGCCGCUGGUAUGCUCUACAAUGCCUUCUUCAACACCUACAGACGAGCCAAGGCACAGGUCCUCUACGUUCUUCCCCCAUUCAUUGCUGCCUACGCCCUCAUGGACUGGGCCACCAAGAAACUAUGGGUAUUUGUGUACCAAGUGAGCGAUGCUAAUGAUGAAUACAGGAACGAGUAUCUCAUGUCCAAGCCAGGCCGUCUUGCCCACGGUGGUGAUGAGGAGUAA